AUGCCUGACUUCAAGCUCUCAGCAACUUUGGAGGGCCACGGCGAUGAUGUUCGCGCAGUGGUCUUCCCAAACCCCAAUGUCGUCCUCUCCGCCUCUCGUGAUGCUACGGUUCGACUCUGGAAGCUCACAUCGACUCCACCUCCCACAUACGACUACACCAUUGCUGCCCACGGCAGCGCCUUCAUCAACAGCUUAGCCUAUCUUCAACCCACAUCAGACUUCCCCGAGGGCCUUGUUCUAUCUGCUGGACAAGACGCAAUAAUCGAGGCUAGGCAGCCUGGGAAAGCUGCGGAGGAUAAUGCAGACGCCAUGCUUCUAGGCCAUGGCCACAAUGUCUGUGCUUUAGACGUGUCCCCAGAUGGCGGAUGGGUUGUCAGUGGUAGCUGGGACUCAACUGCGCGGUUAUGGAAGGUGGGCAAGUGGGAGUGUGAUGUUAUUUUGGAGGGACACGAGGCAAGCGUGUGGGCUGUGUUGGCCUACGACGAGAACACAAUCAUCACAGGCUGCGCCGAUAAAAUGAUCCGGAUGUUCAAUACUUCGGGAACCCUUCUUGGAAGCGUACAGAAUUCCGCCGACGUCGUUCGAGCCCUGUGCAAGCUCCCCGCUUCACAUCCUUCGGGGGCUCAAUUUGCUUCGGCUAGCAACGAUGGAGUGAUUCGUCUUUAUACACUGAAAGGCCAAUUGGUUGCCUCACUCCAUGGCCACGAGAGCUUUAUCUAUUCGCUUGCAGCGCUCCCAUCUGGUGAGCUUGUGAGCUCCAGUGAAGAUCGUACCGUGAAAAUCUGGAAUGGCACCGAAUGCGUACAAACCAUCACCCACCCUGCCAUCUCGGUGUGGAGUGUUGAUGUUUGCAAGGAGACCGGUGAUAUCGUCACUGGCGCUAGUGACCGAAUUACCCGUGUAUUCAGCCGAAGCCCGGAACGCCAAGCAGCCCCGGAGACUGUGCAGCAAUUUGACCAGGCCGUCAGAGAGUCAGCCAUUCCAGAGCAGCAAGUCGGAAAAAUAAAUAAAGAAGAGCUACCCGGCCCAGAGUUUAUUCAACAAAAGUCCGGAACUAAGGAGGGUCAGGUCCAGAUGAUUCGGGAAGCCGAUGGUAGUGUGACUGCUCACACCUGGUCAUCGGCAACACGGGAAUGGAUUGCCAUUGGUACAGUGGUAGACUCAGCCGGAAGCAGUGGUCGCAAGACUGAAUAUGCUGGUCAGGACUAUGAUUACGUCUUCGAUGUUGACAUUGAGGACGGCAAGCCUCCACUGAAGCUUCCAUACAACGCCUCGCAGAACCCAUAUGAGGCCGCCACCAAGUUUAUUGGCGACAACGAACUUCCUAUGACAUAUCUUGAUCAAGUUGCCAACUUCAUUACUCAGAACACCCAAGGCGCCACCAUUGGGCAAUCGUCUCAAGAACCCGCAGGUGCCGAUCCCUGGGGUUCAGACCGACGCUACCGCCCCGGAGACGCCCCGGCGGCUGAAGAGUCUCAACCGUCUGCUCCUGAGCCCCGGCCAAAGGUUCUCCCUCAAAAGAUCUACCUCUCAAUCCGCUCGGCAAACCUCAAACUUAUUACGAAGAAACUUCAAGACCUAAAUACGCAACUCGUGUCUGACGGAUCAAAGGGAAUUGCUCUGAGCCCCGCGGAGAUGGAAACGGUCAUCGCCUUGUGUGGCCAGCUAGAAUCAUCUCAGCAGCUCAAAGACUCACCCGAGGUCCAGUCUGGAGUGCCCUUGGUUUUGAAGGUCGUCACAACUUGGCCUGCCGCUAAUCGACUCCCUGGUCUAGAUAUCCUGCGUCUACUAGCAGGUGCUUCACCUUUCACAGCAAAGGCCGAGUACCAAGACGAGAAUGUAGUGUCGGGCCUCAUCGCCAGCGGUGUCUUCGGCUCCCCUCUUAACGUUAACAACGCAAUGCUCGCAAUGCGAACAUUCGCAAAUCUCUUCGAGACAGCAGAGGGUCGCGACCUGUCCAUCAACUCCUUCGAUCAAAUCCUCGCAGGAGUGAAAUCCGCCUUGUCCAACAGCGGUGCCUCGCCAAACCGCAACCUCACAAUCGCCAUCACGACACUGUACAUCAACUUUGCCGUUUAUCUCACCUCGGGGGACCGGAAUCAAACUCCCGAAGCUGCAGAACGGGGCCUGGUGCUGCUCGAAGAGCUGACUCGGAUCAUCGCCGGAGAAACGGAUUCGGAGGCGAUUUACAGGGCUCUCGUCGCGCUAGGAACCCUAGUGGCAGCUCUUGGGGAGGAAGUGAAGAGUGCGGCCAAGGAGGUCUAUGAGAUUCAAAGUGUUCUUUCAAGAGUCUUGGUUUCCGGCCCUGGAAAGGAGCCGCGCAUCAAGGGUGUUAUUGGCGAGAUUCAAGAGGCUCUCUAG